UUUUUGCAAUUUGGAAGAUGUCAGAAAUUAAACAUACGUCAAAUUCAGGAGAUAUUAAUGGUUUAGAAGACAUUGAAACACCAUUUGGUAGUUUGCUUUCUGGAAAAUAUAAAAGGAGUUUUGCAUAUAAAACAAUAAAGGAUCGAUUACCUGUUAUAGUAACUAAAAUAAUUGAUACAUUGAGUCGAAACAAAGAAGAUAUUGCAAAAGCCAAUGGAACAGAUGCCAUUGAAGAGACUAAGAAGGUGGUCGGAGUCAUUAGUAAAUUAAAAAAUGAGUUGAUGACAAACAAGCCGCUUUAUCCAUUGAAUGUAGAUCCGACUGAAGUUGAGAACGAUGCUAUUGUGUGGAAUAAAAAGCUAGAAAAAUUAUCUGACUUACAGGGUGAAAGUGUAACUUGGUAUAAUGCUGUAUGGCUUAUUUGCGAAUGCUACUUGUAUAGGAGAAUAGCGCAAGAAUUCCUUCUUACAAAUCAUUUAAAAGUAUUUGAUCCAUUUUCAAUACAAAAGCGGGAAGGAUACUUUAAAGCAAUAGGAAGUAUAAGCCACUUAUCUGAAUAUAUUAUGAAAUUAAUUAAUACUGAUAACAAGAGUUUAAUAGAGUUAAGAGAACAUUUUAUAAAUUUAAUUAAACUCAAUUUAUGGGGCAAUAGGUGCGAUUUAUCCUUAAGCAGUGGAAUUGUAAAUGUACAAGAAGAUAAUCCGUUAAUCGUUUUAAACAAUUUAGAUAAGGAAAUUUUAGUCGACAAUAGCGAUGACGUUUGGCAACUGCUUUCUAAUAACACUCUAUCUAAGGAAAAUGGCGUUAUUAUUGAUUUUGUACUAGAUAAUGCUGGCUUUGAAUUAUUUACUGAUUUGAAUUUGGCAGCAUUCUUAAUAGAGAAAAAAAUUGCUAAUAACAUUAGAUUUUAUGUCAAGCAAUAUCCAUGGUUCAUUAGUGAUACUACAACAAAUGAUUUUUAUUGGUUAAUUAAAAUAAUGCUUCAGUCAGAUAAUGAAAAUAUUAAAUUAUUUGGAGAAUUUUGUGAAAACUGUCUGAAAAAUGGCUCGUGGACCAUUGUGGAGGAAUCAUUUUGGACAGAGCCUUUUGAUUUUUCUGAAAUGAAAACAGAAAAUUUAGCAUUGUAUAAUAAAUUAUCGAAAGCAACCCUUGUUAUAUUUAAAGGCGAUCUUAAUUACCGGAAGCUUUUAGGUGAUAUAAAUUGGGAAUAUACAACCGACUUUCUUCAAGCUCUGCGAGGAUUUAGACCAACGAAUAUUGUAAGCUUAAGAACAAUAAAGGCUGAUUUAUGCGUGGGCUUAUCUAUUGGAAAAGCAGAAUUAUUGAAAAGAGAAGAUUCUAAUUGGAUGACUACUGGCAGAUUUGGGCUCAUCCAAGCUUCUAUCGAGCAUUGUUAGAGUGAAAGAUACUUUUCAGACCGAUUAUUAUUAUAGUGUCAUUUUAACUCUUUCAUUUUAUUUCUAAAUUGAAUUAAUCAAAACAAAUAUUUUAUAUCAAUAUGCGUGUACCGAAUGUACAUAUUAUUCUGUAAUCAACAAUAUGAUCAGUUUCAAUUUCAUUAAUUUACAAUAGAUCGAACAAGCCAUCUAAAAAGCUAAAAAGUAGAUCAGUGAAGAUUAAAAAAAAAUUCAUUUAAUAACUGUUUUAAAUAUCUCAAUACAUCAAAAUUACAAAAUAAAUAUAUUUUUUAAAUUUUAUAUCACUCUGAUGAAAGUACAUAAAACUGAAAUACCUCGAGUAAUGCAUAAUAUUAACAUUAAUA